GUCCUCUUCAUCUACUCUGCUCAGUCUCAGUCCACCCAUUAGAAAAUGGGAAACACAGUGCAAAUGGUCCGGCCAAAUCAAGAGAGACCACCAGAAGAAGAGGAAUCGAUAGAAGACGACGAAUCAUCAACCUUCGCUUGCGAGAUAUGCAUCGAACCCAUGUUAUCAUCAUCAACCAACAAAUUCAAGAACAACAACAGGUGCGUUCACCCAUUUUGCACAGAUUGCAUAAUGAAAUACAUCCAGGUGAAGGUGGACGAAAACGUCGCCGACGUCCCGUGUCCGUCGCUGAACUGUGAACAGCUGUUAGAUCCUCUCUCUAGCCGGCCGAUCGUGCCCACCAAACUGUUCGAAAAAUGGUGCGAUGUGCUCUGCGAAUCAGCUGUUCUAGGGUUUGACAGAUCUUACUGCCCGAAUCAGAAUUGCUCGGCUCUGAUUCUGAACGAGUGUGGGGGAAAUGUUAAGAGAUCAAAAUGCCCCAAUUGCAAGAGGCUGUUUUGUUUCCGCUGCAAGAUUCCAUGGCACACCGGCUAUCGUUGUGAAGAGGGUGGAGAGAUGAGAAAUAGGAAUGAGGUUGAGUUUGGACUGCUUGUGGAGAGGAACAAUUGGAAGAGAUGUCCCCGCUGCGGCCAUUGUAUCGAACGAUUUACAGGUUGCAGAGCGAUUAAAUGCAGAUGUGGGACCAGCUUUUGCUACAAGUGUGGAAGCGAGUUUAAAGAUCUUCGUUGUAGGUGCGGUGUAUCCUACCAUUUGUGCUGCUUUUGGUUCAUUAGGUUCAUUGUUCUUGCUGUUUUUAUAAUAGCUACAGUUUUUGCAAUGAGGAAGAUUAUCAAGGGACCCCGUCCCUAAUAAGAAUACGAGUUUUGUAUUUAUUGGUGACCCCGGUUAUUUAUAUUUCAUAUGAAUUAUACUAAUAUAUUUUUGUUACAUCACAUGGAAGGAAAUUUAGUUUGCUUGCCUGUCUUAUAUUGUAUAAUUGUUCGGAUUGGUGGAAAUUAUAGAAAUUAUUGAGCCCCUCUCCCUCUCUCCUCAAUUUAAUUUAGGAUCAUUGAAGGAGUCACUCUACUUGAACAGACUAGUCAUGACCUGUGAUCGGGUUGAUCAUGAUCGAGGGCUUAAGGAUAUGGGAAUGUACGUGGUUGUUGGUCAUCAAUAGAUUAGAGGGAAAAAAAAAAACUGUAAUCAAAUUCAAAUUGGCCUUUUGCUCUAACUUGGGUCACUUCUCCACAAUUAUAUUGGAUUUUUUUCCCCCCUGAAUUAGGAGAUCUAUUUUCUUCCCGAUACUUUCAGAAAUGACCGGAUUGUUCGGAUCCCAACUGGUAAUUGCUUCUCUAUUGCCUCUACUUCCUGCUUCUUAAGACACAGAGGGGCUUUUAUUGUAUGGUUCAGAGGCUUCAUCCUCUGGCAUUCUGUCAUGCUUUGGAUGACUAUUAAGAUUAACCAUCCAAGAUAAGCUUCUUAAGAUGGGAAAAAGUUGAACAGCAUGAGCUGAUUAUUUUGUAGAGAUAAAAUUGAAAACCAUGGUCCAUAAGCACAUGUUCUUCAAAUGCACCCUGAUUCACGAAAUAUGUGGUUUUUAUUGGUGAGAAAUGUAAUUUCGGAUGGACUUAAUCUUAGCUUUUGUUGUCUGGGAUCGAUAGGCUUGUGGGUGUAACUCUCUUAAAUAUAUUGCUGUCAUGUUGAGUGUGGCAGCUCUGGUCUAAUGUCACUUGGAGGUAAAGAAAUGAGAGAUUCCACUCUAAUUCUUACAUAGAUGUGGUUUCUCUUCAAAGGAGUAUUAUGGAAAUUGUUGAGCUGAAAUUGUGGUCCGUGAAGGGGUUUAGUGCUUCCCGAGAUAGGCUGUGGCUGCAAAAUGCGCGGGGUCUUUCUAUCUUUUCCUUGAGGUAUGUAAUCUUGGCAUUUGUAAUGGCUGUUUUGUGUUGAUGCGAAUUUGCUCGUUUAUAGCUUCAAUUCUGCUUCGUUUUAUUCAUGUUUUUUAGUCAUGUUAGAGGCUUUCGUUUUUUUGUUGCAUUUAGAGAUUGGUGGAUAUAGAUAUAUAUUGAGAUUGGUAGUAUACUGUAUGCUUACAUACCCUUUGCAACUUGAAAACAUGCAUGGUUUAAAGAAAAAUGAAGGGACCUUAAUUGUCCAGUGAAUUUGAUGACCUGAAAAUGGUAGUAUUGGAAUGGAUACUUUCCUCCUUUUGCAUGCCAUGCAUCUUUGUGAGAGUGCAGAAACUCCUGCAGUGCUCAACAGUUCAACUCUAAGCAAUUGAUUCGGUUUUUCAUUUUUACUGUAUUUUAUAAGAAUAUGAGCUUUAUAUAGUUGUAAAUAUUAUAAGAAUAUGAGCUUUAUAUUUAGUAAUCACUGAUUCUCUUGGUAACCUGGUUAUUUAUAUUUAUAUUUUGAAGGAAUUAUGCUAAUAUUUUUGUGUUGCAUCAUCAUACGCGGAGGAACUUUAGUUUACUUGCCUUAUCUAAUACUGUAGGCUUAUUGUCUAAUUGUUCAAAUUUUAAGAGGAAAACAUAUUCCAUCUAUUGCAAUAAUUCUCGAAAUUAAAUCUGAAUAUCUUAAUCCUUUUUUUAAUUUUGUUAAUAUGUGGAGUAUAUUCUACACAAAAGUAUAUUUUUUAUUGGUUAUUAUAUAAUAUAUUUCCAAUUAACUACAAAUUCAUGAUUCAUUAAAUACUCAAUAAUUCCGUACCUAAUAAUUCUCCAGAUAUAUGAUUAUACAGACUUGUCUAUAUCACAUUUUGCAUGAAUCUUAAAAAUAUCAUGAACACUUUUUUCAUAUCGUUUUUCAUGAAAAAAACAAAUUCUCUCAACCAACUUACAAAAAGAGAAAAAAAAUUAUUUCAACAAUGUUUGAUGUUUUCUUCUACUUAUGCAUGGUACCAAUUUGGGUUACUCCAAACCAGGCACCGCUAGUCUACUCGGGAGCCGAGUCCUAUAACAAUUAGGCCACUAGAUAAUGUCCCAAUUCAAUUCCCGUUAUGUGAUCAGAAGAUGAGCACCAGAAAAAAAUAAAAAUAAAAAUAAAAAUAAAAAU